AUGUCCCAAGAUCACCAGGAUAUGCCCCCGGACUCCUUCAUCCCAUAUUCCCGAGAGGCCCUAGGUCCUCCUCCAAAAGUGCCUGGAGAAAUCCACGUUUCAAUUCGGAGCCCAGGCCUCUCCACUCACCAGAGUACUUCACUGCAGCAUCUUAUUUAUGCUUAUUGUCUACUGCAAGUGCUGGCUGUGGGAGAAACCACACCUUCAGUUUUAUUAAUAAAAACGAGAACUAGCAAUGCUAUAGGGCUUGAUUCUGUGUCAGGAAGUGCCGGAGGCCAGCUCCGGCGGCCAGGGAGCGUACGCUUUUUCCCCGAUAGGAGAGGGAUGCGGCAUCGCAUCGGCGAGUACUCCAUUAAGGGCCUGGAGGAUUCUUUGUGUGGUUUGAGGAAACUGAGGCUCUUGCCCAAAGACAAGAGGGUCGGCACGACCGUGAACAUGCAGUGCUUUCUCCAAGGACUUGUUUUUCUCCUCCUCGGUGUCUUGUCGAGUGCUCAAGACAGCAAUCAGCUCCGCCUGGUGGAUGGAGACAGUCCCUGUGCAGGGAGAGUGGAGAUCCUUCACCAGGGCUCCUGGGGCACCGUCUGUGAUGACAACUGGGACUUGAAUGAUGCGAAUGUGGUGUGCAGGCAGCUGGACUGUGGAGAAGCCCUCAGUGCCCCAGGGUAUGCUCAAUUCGGAGUGGGCUCAGGAAUCAUCUGGCUGGAUGAGGUGAACUGCACGGGAAAGGAGUCCCACUUAUGGAAGUGCCCUUCCCAGGGCUGGGAGCAGCACAACUGCGGUCAUGGAGAGGAUGCAGGAGUCAUAUGCUUGGGUAUGGUCUGUGCAUUGUUCAUUGAUUGAGACAAUGGAAAGUUCCAAGGAAGCUUGUGUCUGAUCACAGAGCAAUAGGAGAUGGAUGGGCUAGAGAGGUCUGAGGCAUCUACCCAUCCUCCCUGAGUGCACAGAGUACCUGUGACGGAUGGGCUUCAUUUACAUUCAUGUUACAAGUCUCUGCUCUUCUUUUCUUCUCCAGUGGUCUUACCUGACAGAGUUUAAUCUAUUAUCCCAGUUAAAAUUAAUCUUCAUAAUUCUUUUAAAAUUCGUUUUUUGAAAAACUGAAGCAUUUGCCAAUCACAACACAAGCAUUCCCUUUGCAUGGUGAGACUAUGGAAGGGAGGGACAUGGAUGUACUUUCCUUGGUUGAGUUGUUUCUGUAUUGUGUAGUGAGACUAUUUUACAUUAGGUUAGUGUGAGUGGAGGCACGUAGGAUACUAUUAAACAAAUCAGAGAGGAAUUUAGGGAUUUGUGCCAAAUUGCAAGUCUCCUUGACAAUUUUAAUAUAAAUAGUUGUAGUCCUUUGGUUGGUAGGACCAGAGAACUGUGGAUGAAAUGCUCUGAGUCAUAUGUUCUCAUUAAAUUGUUAAUAGGAAAAUACUAUCUCUCCAUUUUUUUCUCUUAAAAUAUCUUUAUAGAUGAAAACUUUGUAGGAACACUUAGCCAUGCACUGAUAAGUCAAUGGUGGAUGCAAUAAAAUAUUAAUUUCUAUAUUUUAUGGUAAGAGAUUAUAUAGUUACAUCUGAUGACUUUAAUGGUAUAAGAGAAUAUUUUUAUUGAAGUAUAGUUGAAUUAUAGGGUUGUAUUUGUUUCAGCUGUAUAGCAAAGUGAUUUAGUUACAUAUAUAUGUAGAUAUACUCUUUCUCAGCUAUUUUUCGUUGUAGGUCAUUACAAAAUAGCAGGACAAACAUAAUUUUUGAAGAAGGUGAAGGAAGCUUAUAGUACCCAGGAGGGAGGGAAUGGCAAUGGAAGCUGACAAAGGGACAUGAGGUUCUCUGAGUGGCAUGGUGUGUCCAGGUGUGACAUAGAGGAUGCUGUGUGUACCUAGGGACACAGGAUGUUUAUACAAAAGGAGAUAAGACAAGGAUAUAUCCGAUCACAAUUUUCAUUUUGUCUUAAGUGGGGUUGAUUUACAUAAAUAAGUAAUCCUCUGAUGGAGCAGUUUCCCUUUCUGCAACCACCCAAGUCUCUCAUAAACUUUUCAGAGGGCUUGAAACUGUCUACUCAUUUUUCUCCUCCAUUAGACAUAAAGCCCCACAAAGAUAUGAAUAUUGAUUUAUUGGGAUUUAAAUUCCCAGCAUCUACCAAAGUCCCUGGAACAAGGCAAAUUCUAAAAAGGUGUUUUUAUCUUUAAUACAACCACAUGAAAUUGGCCAAAUACCACAUGCAACAGACACUUCCUAUAACUCACGCAACACAGUGUUCUACUCUAAUCAAAAUAGUAGGAACUGGAGAGAUGGAUGAAGAGCCAGAGGAUACAGGGGCAGGAGAGGCUGAUGGUCAGAGGCCCUGAGAGUUGGUCUGGAUGCAGAUAUGCAUCAUAGCUACAGGCAGGACAGAAGAGGCGGUCUUGGUCAAAGGGAGAGGAAUAGGGAUGUGAUCUAGAGGACAAAUGAUGAAAACCAAACUGGUCACCCUUGCUCUCCCGCGUCCCUGGACAAAACAGAGCCCCAAAGUUAUAACAGUAAGAGGGACUAUUUCUUCUGGCCCAGAGAGCCCUAAGCAGAAGCUGACAUAUAGAAAACUGGAGGCUUCCCAGGUUCAGGCACAGGUGCAGAAAGAGUACUUUCCUGAAGAACUGGCCCCCUGAGAUCCCUCUUAUGACUCAAUUUGAUGUCUCUCUUGCAAGUGAGAGAAGAGUGAGUAGAGGUGAAGCACCAAGGAGAAUGGGCCAUGGUGCACACUGAACACCAAACCUGGAGGAAGAUGAGCUGCUGGGCAGUAACCCCCGACCUGAGAGCACAAAGCAGACAGAAGGGCUUCCGUCUCUAACUCUGUGACCUUGAACAAAUGGCUCUUGUGACAGAACCUCCCUAGACUCUAUCUUCUCUGGCCUAAAGUAAGAGCAUAGUGCUCAAGCAUUUCCAAUAUCAUUUACAGACUGAACACUUAUUGACCUUAGCCCUGAAAGAGGCCAUAUUUUGCUUGGUGCGGGCCUGGGUAUCUUCUUCCUUUUGACUGAAGUAAUGGUGUGUCUGCAUCUCUUCGUAUCUAUGACCCAACAUGUGACCCUAGUUCUCCAUGGUACAAGACACAGGGUUCAAAUUUUAGGGGCUUUUGGUUACCUUCAAUGUUUGUUAUUUUGGUCCUUUGGAGUUUCUGUGGCAUCGGGUAGACAUAUUAAUUCUAAAUUCGGUAGUCCAUUUUAAAACUGCUUUUCCUCUGCCAUUUUCUCUGCUUAGGCAGAUAUUCAGAAAUGUAUCCUGACACCUCUGAGGUCAGAUCAAGACUGAUUUCCAUUAAAAGGACAAGAAACUGGUCCG